AUGGGAGCCCCUAGCACCCCCCAGUACCAGCACCACGCCGGUGCCCCGACGGCCAAGCCCAAGUCCGCGCCGCUGCCCCCGCCCCGGGCCAUCCCGCGGCCCCAAAAGGCCACCAGCCGCGUGAUUCGCACGGCCCCCAUCCGGGCCAGCGCCUUUCGCUGCUUCGCGGCCAUGAUGGAUCCGGCGGCCAUCCAGUGGAUUCGGCCUGAGACCCAGUCGCGCCGGGUGGCCGGCACCGCCGGGCAGGUGGGCGCCGUGUACGUCCGGUCGCUGGAGGAAUCGCGCGUGCGCGACCGGCGCAUGUCUUCCUCGCCGGUGUGCGAGCGCCGGGAGUUGGUCGAGUGUGUGCCGGGCCAGCGCCUUGUCUGGCACAUCUGGCGCGACGACAAGACCUAUCCCUACGCCGAGGUGGUCACCUUCGAGGCGGACCGCGCCGGCGCCGGCACCAUCAUCCAAAUCGAAACCAAGCGUCUGCCCCGGCCGCGGGCCACCCGCGAGCAGGGAACCUGGGGCGCCGUCGUCCGUGCGCUGAAGUCCCUCAAUGGCCGGCCCCCGGCUGGUCGGCCCCUGUCCCUGCCUCGGAAGAAGAAGGAGCUCUACUGGUCGCUGGCCACGAUUGCCACGCUGAUCGAGGGCUUUGAGGAUGACGCGCCGAAGGGCGGCUCGCCGGCCAAGCAGCACUGGUGACCGAUGGGCCUUACCCCUGGGGAAUCCCGCUCGUUGCACGAGAGAGAGGGAGAGAGAGAGAG